UUCCCCGCCGCCGCUGCUCCCGGUUACGCCAGCCUUGCCAGCCGCCUCUCGCCCUCUGCCUUCGCCUCCGAUUCUGCGCACAGGAGCCCCAAAGCCUGUCAUUCUGCACGGCGGCACAGUUGUUGUCGGGUGGUUUUUGUGUGUGUGUGUGUGUGUGGUUUUUUUUUUUUUCUUAAAUAGAUAUAUUCUUCUUUUUUCCCCGCUCGGGUCGGCGAGCGAGUGGGGGGGAAAAACACCCCCCACGCACCCCAGCCCACGCAGAGAGCCAGCCGCGGCGAGGAGAGCGGCGCUGCCCACCCAACCACCCACCCACUCACCCCCCCACCCCCAGCCCAGCAUGGCUUCGGGGGACCUUUACGAGGUUGAAAGGAUUGUAGACAAAAGGAAGAAUAAAAAGGGCAAAUGGGAAUAUCUCAUACGGUGGAAAGGAUAUGGAAGCAAUGAAGACACAUGGGAACCAGAACAUCACUUAUUGCACUGUGAGGAAUUCAUUGAUGAAUUCAACGGACUGCACGUCACGAGGGAAAAGCGAACGAAACACGGGAAACAAGCCAACGUGCCCAAAUUUUUACGAGAAAGCCGGGGAUCAUCCCUGGACAAAAUAACCCACAGACCCUCAGACUCUGGGAAAAGCAAAGGACUCUCCCAUAAAAGGAAGCGUAUGACCCCCACUUUUCCAAAGCCCAAAAAAAGCUACGGAGCGAAAGCUGCCUCUUCCAACGACAGAGCUGCUAAAACCGUAUCGUACCGGACUACGCCCAGCGGCUUGCAAAUCAUGCCUCUGAAAAAGCCACACAACGGCUUGCAGAAUGGAGAUGCCCCUUUCGAGAAGGACUCUGCUCACUUGGGGAAUGGCUCUCAAAAGGCCAACGAGGAUCUGAAUGAACCUGAAGGAGAAGCCAACUUGGCCGGCGUUCUCGAAGUGAACAACGAGGCGCCCAUCAUGAAUGGUAUCGGUUCCUCUCUUGCCAAUGGAGGCCUGAAUCUUCACACCACUGUGAAACGGAAACUGGAGAGUGAAAAGGGUUACGUCUUCGAUAAGAGACUCAGGUACAGCGUGCGUCAGAAUGAAAGCAACUGUCGGUUUAGAGACAUUGUUGUACGCAAAGAAGAUGGAUUCACACACAUCCUCCUGUCCAGUCAGACCUCAGAUAACAAUGCACUGACUCCAGAGAUUAUGAAGGAAGUCCGAAGAGCCCUUUGCAAUGCAUCCGCUGAUGAUAGCAAGCUCCUGCUGCUCAGUGCCGUAGGCAGUGUGUUUUGUAGCGGCUUGGACUAUUCCUACCUAAUUGGAAGGUUAUCCAGCGACCGAAGAAAAGAAAGCACCCGGAUCGCUGAGGCUAUAAGGGAUUUUGUGAAAGCCUUUAUUCAGUUUAAGAAGCCCAUUGUGGUUGCCAUCAAUGGCCCUGCUCUAGGCUUGGGAGCAUCAAUUUUACCACUCUGCGACAUUGUGUGGGCAAGUGAAAAGGCCUGGUUCCAAACACCCUACGCAACCAUUCGGCUCACUCCUGCAGGCUGUUCAUCGUACACAUUUCCACAGAUAUUGGGCGUGGCUCUGGCCAAUGAGAUGCUGUUUUGUGGAAGGAAGCUGACAGCGCAAGAGGCCUGCAGCAGAGGUCUUGUCUCCCAAGUCUUUUGGCCCACCACAUUUGGGCAGGAAGUGAUGCUGAGAGUAAAAGAAAUGGCGUCCUGCAGUGCAGUGGUUUUAGAAGAAUCGAAAUGCCUGGUUCGGAGUUUCCUGAAAUCUGGCCUUGAAGACGUGAACGAGAAAGAAUGUCAGAUGUUAAAGCAGCUCUGGAGCUCUUCCAAAGGACUAGAUUCAUUGUUCAGCUAUCUCCAAGACAAGAUCUAUGAAGUUUGACAUUAUCGAAGGGAAAAAAAAUGAAGGGGCGUGUGGGGGGAGAAUGUUCUGGGAUCAAAGAGAUUUCAGAAUGUCUCUGGGUUUGAGAAGAAUCAUAUGAAAGCCAAAAACCAAGAUCCAGCAAAUCCUCCCGGAGGCUUUUGUAAGAGCAUAUCUAACAUCUCGGAGGUUGCACCAGUUUCCUUGUUGUAUUCAACGAUUCUUCCCAGCAGGAUGGAUUUUUCUUUGUGGAAGGGAAAGGCAGAUGUAUUGACUCAGCCUUUGGCAAGAGUUGCAUUUGAGGACCCAUGUGGCUGGAGAGAAACAUACAUUCCAUGUGCCAGAAGAAGCACCAAUGGUAACCCUUUAAGGCACACCACAAAUCUUACUUCUUUGGUCUUCUUAAUUUUUUUUUUUAAAUAUUAUUAUGAAUUAACUUAUUCCCAUUUCCUGUAAGCAGCUCUUGUCACAGCAUCUGUCCAAAUGGCUUCAGUUUAGAAUUCAGCUGUCCUAAAUCGUAUUUAUCUGGCUGGCCUGCUUGAAGAAGAUGUCCAUAUUUUCGGUUUGUUCCACCGUUAACAAUAGAAGAUGUGGCAUGUGGAGGAUAUAAUUUAUAAUGGCUGACAGAUAAAAGAAAAUAAUUUUGCCAAAACAAAAAAAAAAAGAAAAGAAAAACUUUCAAAAUACCCUACUUGCAUUGGAUGGCUUUCCCCCUUUUGGUUCAAUUUAUUUAAUUAAUUUAUUUGUGUUUGUGAGUCUCAGUGAUAUGGAUAUGAAUAUGGAUAUAUGGGUGUGUGCAGUGGUGGGAUUCAAGUAAUUUAACAACCGGUUCUCUGCCCUAAUGAUUUCUUCCAACAACCAGUUUGCCAAACUGCUCAGAAAGUUAACAACCGGUUCUCCCGAAGUGGUGCGAACUGGCUGAAUCCCACCACUCUGUGUGUGUGUGUGUGUGUGUGUGUGUGUGUGUGUGUGUGUGUGUGUACCCUGUUUCCCUGAAAAUAAGACAUCCCCUGAUAAGAAGCCCAAUCGGGCUUUUGAGCGCAUGCGCUAAAAUAAGCCUCCCCCCGAAAAUAAGCCCUCCCCGAAAAUAAGCCCUCCCCGAAAAUAUUUAAACACAGAGCUGGAAAUCAGGUAAGACGGCAAGAGGAGCCCAUCUUGCUCCAUGCGCCCCAAAAUAAUAAGACCUCCCCAAAAAUAAGGCCAAGCGCUUAUUUCGGGGCUCAAAAAAAUAUAAGGCAGGGUCUUAUUUUUGGGAAAACAUGGUAUAUACAGUAUAUAUACUAUACACACACAGCAUAUAUGAAGAAGCAUGUAUAUAUGCAUAUAUAUAUAUAUAUACACACACACAUCUCUGUGUAUGCAUAACACACACACUGUAUAUACAUACAUAAAGUGUGUGUGUGUGUGUGUGUGUGUGUAUGUAUGUCUAUUAAUUAUCAUUGUACUUACCUAGACUGGAUAGGCUUUGCACAUAUGAACGAUCUCCCUAAUUGUCUUUAAAAAGAUUGUGUUAUGUCAGCAAAGACAAAAGGCAAUGAAAUCAGAUAAUGCCCUGGAGUUUUUUAAAAAAGAACUCCAUCUGCGAUUCAUAUUCAGAAAUUGUCCUCCAAGAUGGGUCCUGUAUUUGAAUCGUCCUUAAAAGAAGAACAAUGUAGUGCCGAAACUGUGAGUGUAAUAACACAACUCCUCUUGAGAACUUGAGGAAUAGGGCAGGGUGUACCUUCUUCUUCUUCUUCUUCUUCUUCUUCUUCUUCUUCUUCUUCUUCUUCUUCUUCUUCUUCUUCUUCUUCUUCUUCUUCUUUUUUAAAUAUAAGAAAUGUUUACUAUCUUUUUUCUAAUCAGCCGAAAAGUAAUAACCAUAUUGCACCAACCUAGAGUAACAACAAAAGAAUGAAGAAUUCUUGCUGGCUUAGAGGCUACCCCUCACCUCUGAGAAGUGGUCUAAAAUUCUUAGGGAUGUCUUUGAAAAUGCUGCUAUUAGAGAUUCUGGAUUUCCUUUUAUUGUCCAGGAAUUGAUAGCUCUCCUUCCCAUUAGAAAAAUGCAGAAAGACAGAGUUUUUCCUUUGGCUCGUUCUGUGCUCCUUCGCUCUUAGCAUCUGACCCCAAUACUUCCUGGAAGCCCUGCAGAGAUUUUUCUGUAAUUGCAUCGAUUUAACACCUCAUACUGCCUGUGAAAUCCCCUGGAGAAGUAAUGGAAGGACUCUUCGCUUUUUAAGUCGGCCAGGCCUGACCAAGGUGCAUUAAAAGGAGAACAGUGACAUGAAUGAGCUGCUUUAUGAGAUGGCCUCCCAUUUUCCAGCUACAAAAAUUGCAGAGGAAAAAAAAAAAGGGGAAAGAAGAGAGUUAAAUAUCUCUAGGCUUAAGUCCAUUUCACAAAUUCUUGACUUCCAUGAGUUUUCUUAAACGUUUUGGUGGUUUUUCAUUUUUCUUCUGUUUUUCUUUUUUGUCUGGCAUCGUUUCCGUUUAAGUUCAAAUUCUUAUUAGGUGUUAGAGCAGGGGUGUCAAACUCGAUUUCAUGGAGGGCCGCAUCAUGGUUGUGUUUGAUCUCGGUGGGGAGGCAGGGGGGCAUGGCCAUGGUGGGUGUGGCCAGCUUGACAUCACUCAUGUCUGGGAUGCCUGUGGCGGCCCGAGUAUUCUGCCAGUGGAAACGGGCUCCUGAGCUCCGUUUUCAGCUGCGACGGCCUCCUGCAACCCUCUGCCAGCAAAAGCGGAGCUCAGGAGAAGCUGCACACGGCUCUCCUAGCUUCGUUUUUGCUGGCAGGGGCAACGCGGGCCAGUCCUUCGCUGUUUCCAGGGAGGCCCCAUGGGCCAGAUCUAAGCACCCUGCAGGCCAGAUCCGGCCCCCGGGUCUAGAGUUGGACACCCCUUUGUUAGAGCUUCCAAAUGGGAUAUUGAAUUCUAGGGAAGAGAAUAUUUGUAGCUCAGGGUUGAACUAUGGAGUCCUUGGUGCUCUCUGAGCUUGGUUGUUGUUGUUGUUUUUUUUGUAGGCAUUUCAUGACCCAACCAGGUAACAUCAUCAAUGGUGUUGAUGUGAUAUUGAAUUCCUGGAGAUGGGAGAGGACUUCCUUUGUUGAAUUUGUUUUUUAAAAAAAUGUGUUUAUAUAGCAAACGUUCCUCUUGGCAGGAAAUCUCUGCAAAAUUCUUACAAAUCAGUGCACACUCUGGCUUCAAGCAUCAAACCAUGUUCUUACCAGAAUGCAUUGAACAUAUAAACCAGGAUUUUCAGGGACGGGGAAAUGCUUCUCUUAUUCUUUGCUACGGAUGGCAAAGAAUCUCAACUAAUUCAUAAACCUUUUGCUUCUGGAGUCCAGCUGUUCUGGACUCUAGGGAUAAAAUCCUAGAGGUAUAUAAUACCAAGCAAAUGAAAACCAUGGGGGAAAAAAUAUAUGGGAACGUGUUCAUUUAUUGAAAUGAUAUUUUUCAAAAUGAAGUCCAGUUCCUCUUCCAGAAAUGAAUAGUUAAUGAACUAGCAGGAAAAUGUUCCCACACUGAAACUUCCUUUGAAUGGGAAGAAUUCUUGGGAUUCAAAACUUCUGGAUUUCCAAGUAAACCUGAUUUUGAAACGUUAAUUUUUUUCUACCGCUUUUUCAACAUAUUCUUAUUUUUACAUUUCGGUAGCUGAAAAAUGCCAAAUAUAAUUCCUUCAUUAAAAAAAAAAUCAAAUUCUAAAUCUCAC